CGGAUGAUGAGAGAGCCCAGACGCGCCGAACUCAAAUCGAAGAUGCAUAUACAAAGGCUCAUCAGCGUUCCCCCACUACCCUUCCGGUUCAUUCCACCAUCAUCACUGCAUUCGACCAUUCGACCUGUUGAGAAAAAGCAUGUGAGCGACUCGUGAGUGCACCGCGCAUCCGGCUUUUUGCCUUGCCAGUACAGUCCUGCCUGUCGCUUGGCACCAUCACGACCCUGCUACCAACGACUGGCGGCUCGUAACACCCGGCCUAGGAUCUUCGCGUUGCAUUGGUACACGCUUCAUCGUCCUUCCAAUCCAUUGCUUAGCGUCUCGCAUCAAAUCCCCACCUGGUGAUACUGACAUGUCUGCGUGCGGCUCAAGCCUACCGAGCGCGCCUCCGGCGCCGCUGACCGUCUCAGCAGAGGCAGGUCCCAGCAAGAAGCGGCGACUUGAGACACCUGAGAGCAGCGCAAGCCCAUUGAAAAAGGAAGCAAAGAAACUGAAAAAGGAAGAGAAGGAGCAUCAUCAGAAGGAGCAUCAUCAGAAGGAGCAUCAUCAGAAGGAGCAAAAGAAGGGCAAGGAAAAGUCGCACAAAAAGAAGGAUAAACCCGCAAAGUCGAACGGGAGAGAGGAAGUCCUUGACGCAGGUAAAGGGAAGAGGAUCCCUGCACCUAUUGCUCUUUCUGACAACAGCGAUAACGAAGAACUCUCGCCUCCACCGUCCGACUCCGGUGGCAGCACUGCCGAAUCCGAUCACGAGCAACAGCUGACCAGAUGGACAAAGUCAGAGCGGGAGCAGUGGAAGAAGCCAUUGCCUGACCCUACUAAAGGCACGACACCGGAUGGUUCAUAUGAGACGGAACGUAUUCUCAGGUGGCGCAGGCGUCCCAGGACAGGUUGGAUUCAGUAUCGUAUGCAGUGGACCAAAAAGGCUUUCGGACACGAGAGCAACACCUGGGAGCCAGAGGGAAAUAUUGCGGGGAGCGACAUUGACGAAUUCUGGGCUAAGGCUGGCCCUAGACCUCCGGAUCUUCCACCAUUGCCUCGCGAUGAAGAUGGCGAUCCCAUAGGCCCCGAUGAGCACCAUAUCCCAAAUGCCACAGAUGAGGAGUUAGAGAGCCCCGACCCCGCCACUCGACGUGCAGCUCGUCGGAAAUGUAGGCGCGAUUGGCGUGUUGAUGUCUUUUGGGAACGGCACUGGCAGCGCGAGGAUUCAAAAGCAAGAGCGGCACAGAAGAAGCAGCUAGAGCAGGAAGCCGAAAAGCGCCGCCUUCAAAAGGUAAAGAAGGACAGUUUGGCGAAGCAACGGCUCAAAAAUCAGGCUUUGAGCGUACCCUACGGAAAUGCGGACGCAGGGGCACAAGAAAAGGCUGAUCGCGAAGCCGCCAUCGCGAAGCGCAAGACUGCUGCUGCAUCCGCACCUACUGCUGCAAACACAAGUCUAGCCAACGGCGGGGGCCAUGUGAAGCCGCAAGUCUCCGCUCCCCCGAGAAUGAAUCAACCCUUGGCCAGCAAGAACUCAGCAGCUACAACUUCUGCCUUACCGUCUGGGACUGCCAACGCGGCACCUCGCCCGACAUUCAAAGCUACCGCGCCGCCACCUGGACGGACUGAAGAUCGCGCAACGCGCCUUCCGGGUAUCAGCCAAGAGAAGCGCCCCGACAAAGGCUCAUGGAAGGGUGCGCACAAAACCGAGAAGCGAGGUGUCGUUGAUAUGUCCAUCCAACCUCAGCCAGCGCCCAUGAAAGCCUUUUCAGCUAUUUUCCCAGAGCCACCCGCUACUGCGCCGCGCAAUGCCAGUGCGAGCGCAAUCGCGACUAGGCCGCCUGUCGCAGCCACGUCAAGGCAGGCUAGCGAUCUGGUCAGCUCGACACCCUCGGAUCGCGCCGCAGCAGGUCCUCAACCGCAAGGUAUACCUACCUUGGGCACGUCGACGAAUCGCACACCUCUUGGCAACUCAACAUCUUUUCCUGAUACUGUGGUGCCACCUUUAGGUCCGGCGAAGUGGAGAGCCCCUGCGCUUGCGCAGGAUAGUGGCGCAGCCAGUCUUCCCGUCCAGCCCGCCCCACCUGCAAGUGCUGUUGCUCAGACUGCACAGCCCACGCUCGCGCCUGCGCCUGCACUCGGGCCCGCUGCCAAUACCGGCGCCCUUGCCGGGCCGUCUCGCACUGUGCUGAAGUCCGCCCUGAAGCGCCCAGGCGAGCCUACCCAACAGUCUGAAGCACCACAGCGCCAACCUCAAAAAGCUGGUGUCACUUUCCCGCCCAGUCCUGAGUCUGGCGACGUACGGAAGCGAGGUCUGCAAAGGGCCUCCACGCCCGGCGCAGCAGACGCUGAUAACAGGCUUCUCCCGCCAACAGAGAGUCCUGCGAGCCCCACUGCGCCGCCUCCAUACCAGCCGCCUCCACCACCUCUAUCUCCGGGCCACGACGCACCGGUCAACGGUUUGUCAGCGCGACCGGAUCGACCGACGAGGUCUGACACCUUUGCCAAUGCACAUUCUCAUCCUGCCUUGGACGAUGGCGCUAGGCAGUACGCGCAUCCCACCGCCAACGGAGGCGCGACGUCGCAGUACGCGAUGCCACCUGUGGCCCCGAAGAGCUGGGAUGCGCAUGAUCCAGCAGCGCCCUGGGCGCCACGGCCUCAUCAUCCUGUCCAGAGGUAUUCGGCACGCGGUAAUGAUCGCAAUCUCCCCGUGCGACCCCAAGAGGCCGGCAUCCGCCAGUACGAACGACCAGCUCUCCCUCACAAUGGCCAAACGACACCGAUGCACCGGCCUCAGAUUCAGUCGCCUUUGGGUGGCUUCGGCGAGAGUACAUUUGCGUCCACGCCACUGCGCAGAGAUGCCGCGGACGGUGAUCUCGAACGGCUGAGCGACAGGUCUCUAGACUCGUCAAGAUCCGAUCUCGACCGGCAACAGCAUUCUCGGCCCCAGCGACAGGCGCAUCAUGACGAACGAGCUGCUGACUCAUAUAAAGCGCAAAUCCAGAGGUGGGACCCAGGGGAAAAAUUGGUCAGCCGAAUAACACGCUCGUACAAUUGGGCAAUGCCUGGAUCUCCACCAGAGCUGCUUGGUGCCCUGGCAUGGCUGUGCAAGUCCAAACAAGCCGUAUACAAUCUUCCAGAUAGGAUGCCAUCGGUUGAAAAAUGGAUGGUGCCGAAUGAAGCAGGCGAGUACCGCAAAAUGGUAGUCUUCGUGCCCGAUCCUUCGAUCAAGCUUCCAAAAGACAUCGCUGCAGCGAAAGGAAUGCAGCACGUCUACUUUUAUCACCUCACUGCGCGCGCAAUUACGCAAAUCUGGGACCUGCCCAUCGAGGGACCCGGCGGUUACGCGGUGCCUUCAUUGAGUGCAUACGUCGAUUACUUUUCGGGGGCCGACAAUGCGCCUGUCUUUCAGUCAAGGCUCGGUGAGAGUCUCGUGUUCCAUCCUUGGCAUGCGCAGACAGUUAGCGCUUUCAUCGAAGCAGGUUGUGCUGAGCAGCUUUUGCAAGAGCUGCUGGGUCUUGACGAGUCGGACGCCUUGGAUCGCACCGCCAAUCUUCACGACGCGAUCAGCAACUCAGAUAUGCCACUGAUCGACCUCGAGAAUUCGGAGAGAGCUGUCUUGCCUCGCUCCAACAUGGCAGAGCUCCCGCCCGCGGAAGCAGCGCGACUUGUGGACGACGACGUGGUGGAGGCGCUGCUUCACUCUCAGAAGACACAAGUACAUGUGCGCAUGCACGUCAUGAUUCUCGGCCUUGCUAGCCACGUUUCGAUCGACGCUGGCAUCACGGUUAGAUCGAACUUUACAGAUUAGGACAUCGCUCGGGUCCCUGGAGCUGAAAAGUGAGCUACCCUUCACAGAGAGGCUUUGUUCAGAGAAGACAAGCCUCAAGAGCUGCACUUGGGUGGAAAUCUUGGGCUGAGAACUUCAGCCUUGCCAGCUUCUGGCUCCAAAUUUCACGCUAUGCAUAAGCCCCUGAUUACCUUCAUGCCUUUCUUUUGUUUCAGUCCAUCCUCUUGAUGCGACAAUAGUCAUGGCUUUCAAUGCCCAAUUCUCUCCCUUAAAUGGCCCAACAAUUUGGAAGGGUAGCACUCAUUCAUG